AUGAAGACUUUCGAAGCCCAAGACGGGCUAUCGGCCGGCUCGCUAGGCUCAGCAUCUUCCACCGGCGACAUCCACCUAGCCAACCAGACUUGGAAGGCGUUCCAGCUGCAGGUGUUUACCGCCGAAUGCUCCCUCUGCGAGAUCAUUGACCAGUUCGUCUCCGGCUUUGUUACUAACGACACUCAGCGUCCUAUUCUCGACAGCGGACGCUGUACGGCGCUUUACAACAAACUGCUUUUGUGGAAGCUGUCUCUGCCGGGUGGCCUCAUGACUAAUGACAGCGUACUCCCAACCACGUACGAUUUCGUGGCGUUGAAACUUCUCGCCAUGUUCACAAGUCAGUCUGGUCCAGACUUUGACGGCCGCAACGCGGCCUCCCUACAAACUCUCCACGCGAGCUCCAUGAUCUCGAACUUAUGGAUUUACCGCGGCCUCUAUACCCUGAAAUACGAGUACUGGGCCGCGGAGCACUGCUCUUUUGCCGUCCAUACUCUUCUGCCGCAGAUGGAGGAGCCCGCCGUUCACGACACGAUCGCGAAGGCGUGCUGUGUGCUCCAUGAGAUGGGCAUCCAGAGCGGUCUCUCCGGCCGUGCUGCGGAACUGCUCCGGGAUAUUGAGGGCACGGCCAGAAUCAGGGGCAUCCGUAUGCCUCCGUAUGGCAAGGGCUCGAAGUCGCCGGAAGUGGACGCCAUGCCGACAUUUGUGGUGAACGGGGCUCGUGUUUUUGAUGGUUCCAGGGGCGAAUUGAUCGGUGACACGGACGAAAAUGGAUGUGCUGUCAGCUUCGACAGCACCAUUGGCGAUGUUCAACAGGUGCAGCCUUGCUGA